AUGUCUAAAUCUUUAGGCAACUUCUUUACCAUUCGUGAUGUGAUGGAGAAAUUUCAUCCUGAAGUGAUUCCAUAUCAACAAGUCUAUGGCGAUAAAACCACAGAUCUGUUAGAUGAAACGCUCGUCGAGCGCUUUAAUUCAGCAAUGCGUGAUGACUUCAAUACAUCUGAAGCAAUUGCAACAUUGGUCAAGAAGCACUUGGUUUAUCCGAAGCUGAUAUUGAAGAUUUCAUUCAACAACGUGUUGAUGCCAAGAAAAAUAAAGACUUUGCCCGUGCAGAUGAAAUCCGUCAGUCUUUGCUUGCUCAAGGUGUAG